AUGCGUCGACAGCUGCAUGAAUUCAAGGUGCAGAAGGGCGUUAGCGUGAUGGAACACUUUCUCAAGUUCGACGAACUAUGUUUGUCGAUGCAAGCCAUUGAAGACGAAGUGUCGCGAGAUGAAAAACUCGUCAUUUUGCUAGGAAAUCUGUCCGAAGAGUACAAUCACAUCGUUAAGAUUAUCGAGAACGUGAUGGAUAUCGAUCUCUAUAUUGCAAAGGAGAUGCUUCGUCGUGAGUACGGGGUAAUUAUUAGCAAGGACAAGAAUGAACAUUGA